AUGAACUCGUAUAUUGUGGUGGAAGGAAUGGGCAAAACUAUCAAGGUUACAGCUAGAAGGGAUGGUACCGUAACAGAAAAAACGCUGCGAAGAGCUUUUUUACUGGAAGAUGACGUACCAGUAGCACUAUUCAGGGAUGAUAUAGCUCUAGAAUAUUAUCGCAAAGACAUGGUGGUCGAGUUGGAUGAGGAAUGGAGCGGAGCAAGAUUUGAGUUGUGUUGGGAAGAGGAGAGACGAUCACGCCCAGUCACUCCUGUUGAACCCAAAGGUAUUUUCUGA